AAUAAAAAAAUGGCCCAAACUCCGGUUAAACCCAAAUCUCCUUUCUUUCCUAUUGUCGUCGUCUUCCUUCUUCACGACCUUAGGGUUCCGAGUAAAGACAGAUAGCAGAUUUCUUUUGGUCCAAGGAUCGUCGGCACCAACUUGCUAUUUCUUUAUACACAUCUUCCAUCUCCAGCCAAACUGUUGCUAAGGUAAAUCUUCAAUUUUUCUAAGGAUUUCUUGUCGGGUUUGAUUGAAACUUCAAGAAUCCGACCCGUAUUUAGUACCGACACCCGUAUCAUGUCGACACGGGUACUUCGGUUGGAAUGGAAAGUCCGAGCAUCAUAUUCAGUAAUUCUUCAAUUCUUCUUUGUUAAUGUUGUAUCUCUCACAUUUCACGUUUCUGUUCCUGUAGUGUUAUUAAUUGGGACAAACCUAUAAUACUUCCUUGAUUUUUCUCCACGUUAUGUGUUUCUGUUCUGCUAAUUAUUAUCCUUAUUGUAGCUGAUUAUUUCUUUUAUUAUUGAUGGUGAUUAUUGAAUGUGCAUUUGCUAUACUUUUGCUGCCUAUACCUGCAAGACUUGUCUUGCUUAUAUUAAUUGACUAAACAUGGUAUUCAUGCUCUUCCAUUGUUCACUUCUCAAAUUGUUUUGAAAACAAUAUGUGUUUUCGAGCUGCAGAGUGUGAAUCUUGUAGAAGGUGGGCGAUCUUAACUGCCAAGGGUUGAUUUAGAUGGAUGUGGGCACUACAUUUUGAACAAGGUUUUGUUUGAAUGCAAAAUAUAAUAGGUUUCUCUCAACAUAGGGAACUGAUCAGUAGCUAUAUGUGUUUGGGCUCCUGCAAGGUUCCAAUGUACUAGUUUAAGUAGUGGAAAAAAAUCAGGCUCCCGUGCAAUAUUCUAACUCGAAGGAAAUUUUAUUUGAUCCAAAUGCCUUUGCGUGGACCCCCACUUCCUAGGCUUCUUCUUAACAAUGUUUCGUGCAUGAGAAAUGCCCAACAAAUUCUUCGCCAUGUUAAUGUCUCCAUACAUGAUGGGGGAGCACUUAUUCUAACAGGUGCCAAUGGCUCUGGCAAAACAACUUUAUUGCGCAUGUUGGCCGGCUUUUCCAAACCAUCUGCUGGUGAGGUACUCUGGAACGGCCACGAUAUUACUGAAUCAGGUGUUUUCCAUCAGUAUAAACUUCAGCUUAACUGGCUUUCCCUCAAAGAUGCAGUCAAAACAGGGCACACAGUUCUUGACAAUGUUCAGUGGUUUGAAGUUCUCGAAGGCAAGCAAGGAAGAUCUCUGCCUGCCCUGGAGUUUAUGGGCCUCGGGAGAUUAGCAAAAGAGAAAGCAAGAAUGCUCUCCAUGGGCCAACGGAAAAGGUUACAACUUGCAAGACUAUUAGCUAUUGAUAGGCCAAUUUGGUUGCUUGAUGAACCUUCUGUGGCAUUGGAUGAUGAAGGGGUCAAGUUGCUUGAACACAUCAUUGCUGAUCACAGGAAGAAUGGUGGGAUUGUCAUUGUAGCCACACAUUUGCCAAUUAAGAUUGAAGAUGCUAUGUUUCUAAGAUUGCCACCAAGGUUCCCAAGAAGGAUGACUUUGGUAGACAUGCUCGAUCGAGGAUGACUGGAUUAAUUUGAAAUAAGCCAAUGGGGGUCCCUGAUUUUUAUCUUUGUUCAUCCAAGAGAAAAAUAUGUCCUAUAAAUGUUUUCUAGUUUCACUGGUGAGGUUUAGGUUAGGCCCUGCUUUUUUGGCGGGAAUUGAAGCUCGAAUUCGAUAGCUCUGAGCUAUUGUAAAAUUUGUAUUCUUUGCUGGAUUUGCAAUAAAUUAUAGCUUGCUGAAGUUCUUUUAA